AUGGCGAAGAAUUCCCCACGAAAAAAUCAGACGACUUGUGCAAUCUGUGCCAAGCAUGUGUCCAGCAGUGACGGCUGCAAGAGGUGGUGUGACCAGGUCCUGACUAAACCCUCCGCAUCCAAGGUCUGCAAUCGGGCCUCCCAAAGUCUGGAGAGUGGAUCUGGAAAAGCCGUCGGUGUGCAAGCCUCAGGUGACCUGAGUCAGGAUCGGAGGCAGAGCAAAAGCGUUCUCGUGCUCCCAGUUACGACACAAAAGCCUGCUUCACGGGUGACUCCAUCACCAGCAAACUGCCACGACCUCUAUGUCGCCAGCAGGGAUGGGAAAAUGAUGGAUGUCAAACGGAUCCUGUCCAGUGGGAAUGUCAACAUCAACUGUAGAGCUGGAAGGUACUGCAAGACACCGGUGAUGUGGGCAGCAUACGGCGGACACAGAGAAGUGUUGGAGCUCCUUAUAAAUUUCGGCGCUGAUUUGUCAGUGUUUGACUCUGGACAUAGCAACCUCCUUUUCUGGGCCUGUCUUGGAGGACACGUGAAGACGGUGGAGUUUAUCCUAUCUCUGGGCGCGGUGGACAUCAACGCAUUGAACAUCAAUGGGUGGACAGCGGUUGACUGGGCGAAACGUCUGGGACAUCAGCGAGUGGUGGAUCUCAUGUUGUCCUGGGGCGCUUAUUGA